AUGAUAAAUCUUGUUGAAGGUGUAUUUGUUCCAUCUGAUGAAUCUAAUCUAGCAUAUUUUGAUCUGUUAAAGAAAUCCUACAAUGAUGGUAAUACUAAAAAUCUAUUUUAAGGCAAUGCAGCAUAAAUUUAUAAUUUAUUUUCUGGAGACACUUAAAAGCAUAUUACAUUAGAGAUAUUUACUUAAUAAAUAGAAGCCAUUAGAAAUAGAGAAGGAAAUAUUUCUUACUGGGCUUAUUCAACUGUUGAUAAAGAAUAACCAAGCAUUUUAUUAGGUUUUGAAAAACAUUUGGGAACUGGUACUUUAUUUUGGUCAUAUGAUCAAAAAGGUAAAAUUGCCUCUUUCAGUAUGAAUGAUCAUCUAUAACCAUCAAUGAUUUAGUGGAUUAAACAAUAUCCAAAUAAAUUUUCAUUUUCUGCUAUUGCUGAUGACAAUGUAAUAGCAAACUAUUUUGGAACAAGAGAAUAAACAUUGAUGAGUGUUUUCAAAAUAAUUGUUGCCAUAGAAUAUUGUAAACAAUUAAGUGAUGGUAAAAUAAACGAUGAAGAUUGGAUUAAUUUAAAUGAAGUUAAUAAGUUUUAUAUAAAAGAAUUAGAUAUAUCCCAUAAAAAUUUUUUGUAAAUUUGGGAAUAGUAAGGAAAAAUAAAAGAUGGUUAAAUACAAUUAAAGGAAAUUGCAAUAGGGAUGAUAGCAUUAAGUUCUAAUGCUUGUACUGAAUACUUAGAAACUCUAUUUACUUUAGAAUCUAUUUAAAAUACUGUAGAUUAAAUAGGAUUGAAAUAAAGUUAAAUCUUCUAUUUAAGUUCAUUUUUAUUAGUGUUCACUUAAGAUAACAAAGAUACAAGAGAAGAUUUCAUUAAAUAUAUUUAGAAUCUUUCAGUAGAAUAAGUAUAAAAAAAGAGUUUAGAGAUACAUAAUUAAUUAAUUUUAAAUAAUGAGAGUGCAAAAGAUUAUUUAAGUAGAGGUAAGUAAUUAUUAGAUGGAGAAGUUUUAAAAAUUCAAUCAAAAUAUUUCACAAAAUCAACAACUUUAGAAUAUUCAAAAUUACUUGAUAAAUUAAAUAAUGGUAUUUAGUUUAAUGAAAAGUUUUAUUAAUAUUUUUAUGCUUUAAUGGGAUAUGUUUCUAUGUAAAAUCCUGCUUUGGCUUAGGAAUAUGAUCAUGUUGGAGUAUUUAUUUAUUAUAAAAUUUUAGGUUAAAGGUGGAUCAUCAGCUAUAUAAGGAGAUGAUUUCUGUGUAUUAACAAUUGGAUUCUUUUAAUAAAUGAAGAAAGCUAUUCCAUUCAAAAAAACUUCAAUUGCUUUUUUCAUUGAAUCCUUAGAUUAUGAUACCGAAUAUCAAUUAAUCUUUGAAUAAUAUAAUGAAUUUAUAGCUCUAUUAAGUUUGAAUGGAUAUUAUUUGAAUGCGGUUUCAAAAGAGUUAUCUUAAGAUCAAAUAAAGUUGUGA